ACUGAGCCCUGGCUGCAUCCUGCAGACAUCUACGUGUGCAUGAUCUCCUCUGCCCACAACGUGGCGGCGCAGGGCAAGUACAUCGCCAUCGCCAGCACCACCGUGGAGACCUCUGAGCCUGAGAAGGAGAUCAAACCAGCCCUGGACCUGCUGGAGCCCAUCGAGCAGAAGUUCGUCAGCAUCAGUGACCUGUUCGCUCCCACCGACCUGGGCACCGAGAGCCAGAUCUUCAUCUCCCGCACCUACGACGCCACCACCCACUUCGAGACGACGUGUGACGACAUCAAGGACAUCUACAAGAGGAUGAUGGGCUCAGAGUUCGACUUCGAGGAGAUGAAGCGCAAGAAGAACGACAUCUACGGGGAGGAGGAGCAGCAGUAAUGAGAGAGCCUCUAAUUAGGAGAAAUUAAAUGGGCUAAUAUGAAUAUAUAAGGAACUUAAUGAACACUGUACGAAAAUUCAAUAUUGUAAGGCCUGCUUUUGUAAUCCCAUCUCUGAGAGAUUGAAGAGUUACUGCACUGGUAAUGUUCCCUUUUUGGAUAUCAUGUGUUAAUUAUUCCAUUCUAGUAGGGCUGCUGUCCAGAAUCUGGCAACCCCCGACCCCCCCUGACUAACCCCCUAAAGCGAAAGGCAGAAAUGAACUUAGGAUGAUGAUGAUGAUGAUAAUUAUUAUUAUUUUUGCAGAGUAGACGUUGGUGCAGAUUUGAGAAAUAACAACUCAUUGACAGCUGUGUCUUACCUUGUCUUUUUAAUCAUUUGUAAAAACAUCCUCCACCCUUUCCCUGCCCCUCCCGUGCUUCUGGUGAGCUCAUAGAUGUGACUGUGAACGUCACAAACCCGGUGUCGAGGAACAUAGACCCCGAGCACUCCUGUCAUUGUGGACAGCAUCCCUAAAAAGUCCCUCCCAUCGACCUUAACUCUCGUGGCAAAGUUGUUUAUCAUGGACAAAGCCCACAUCUAUUGUAGCAGCAAACGUUGGCUUCGUUCUGGGCACAGAACUUUAACCUCCACUUCAGCUUCUAAACCUGUUUACAGGGGUUGGGACACAGCUGUGCCUGAGGCUCCUUUUGUGUUUUAAUCUUAAUAAAAUUGAGAGAACAAAAAAUUGCAGAGCAGGCAAAGAUGUUGGGAGUAUUUUGUGUCCCUGGGGGCUCCUCGGAUGGACCAAAACGGCGCCGCGGUACCGGCAAGGACGGAGCCGGUGCUUCCCGGGGCUCCUCCAGGCUCCAAAUGAUUUCUGUACUGCGAAGUAAAGCCAAAUUCUGGAAACCA